AUGGUAUGGAGCUUUCUCCUCACCAGCAAGAAGAUGAUUCUGCAGUGGCAGACACCAGCUCUGAGCCCUCUAGUCCAUGGAGUUCUUUACUGUCUCCACACCGAAGAAAGAAUUCUUCAGGCCAACAACAGAAAAUUCAGCGCUAUUUUUGAAUGCCCAAAUAAUACCAUCAAGACUUCAAAAUACAAUGUUUUUAACUUCCUGCCCCUGAACCUAUUUGAAUGGUUCCAGAGACUUGCAAAUACCUAUUUCCUCAUUUUGCUGUUCCUACAGUUAAUUCUCCAGAUCUCCUCCUUGCCAUGGUAUACAACUAUGAUACCCCUGAUCACAGUGCUAUCCAUCACAGGAGUGAAAGAUGCAGUCGAUGAUGUGAAAAGGCACCAAAGUGACAAGCAAGUUAACAACCAUUCCAUCUUGUUGCUGCUGAAUGUCAGCACUCCACAGGCACUUUGGCCAGGUGUGAGUUUCUGCAUUAACCCCCAUCCACUGCACAAAGAAACUUCCCCGAUCAGGUUUGAUAGCCGCACUAAUGUACAGAUUUUCCUGGUUUUAGGCACAAUGUGCUUUGUACUCUCAUUUGGGCAUGGCAUUUGGAAGAACAACAAAAGCUUCUUCUUCCAGACAUUUCUACCAUGGGAAGAGUAUUUCUCUUCACUAGCUACGUGUUCUGCCCUCAUUUUCUGGUCCUACGUCAUAGUUCUCAACACCAUGGUACCCAUUUCCCUCUAUGUCAGUGUUGAAAUAAUAAGACUGGGCAACAGUUACUACAUCAACUUGGAUGGACAGAAACCGAGAAACACCCCAGCACAGGCCGGCACUAACACCCUUAAUCAGGAACUUGGCCAGGUCAAAUAUGUGUUCUCUGACAAAACAGGGACCCUGAGUGAAAACGUCAUGAUUUUCAACAAGUGUUCUAUCAAUGGGAAGGUCUACAAUGCCUGUUAUUCCUAUGAUAUGGAUGGACAGAGGGUACCAGUGUCUGAGAAAGACAAGGUCGAUUUCUCCUACAAGCUGGCUGACUCCAAGUUUUCAUUUUAUGAUAAUACUUUGGUGGAAGCAGUAAGAAGCAGGGAUCACUGGGUGCACUUGCUCUCCCUCUCCCUCUCACUGUGCCAUACUGUGAUGUCAGAACAGAAAGUGGAAGUGCGGACACCUGAAGAUCAGAUCAUGCUGUUCUGCAAGGGAGCAGACACCAUCAUCUAUGAGCUGCUUCAUCCAUCCUGUGCAUCCCUUUGUGAUGUGACCAUGGAUCAUUUGGAUCACAAUGAAGCCAACCUGUCUUUGGAGGAUCGAGAAAGAAAGUUAACUGUGGUCUAUGAAGAAGUCGAAAGAGACUUGUUGUGCAUUUUUAUCUGUAUUCAAGAUGAACAUGGGCAAAUGUGCUCUGAGCCUCCUCUUAGUUCCUGUGUAACUACACACUGUGAAGACCCUGUCCUGUCUCUGUCUGUAAGCACCAGCCAAAACGAAGCCCGUUCUCCCUCCCCUCCAGAGACAGCUGUAAACACUGCCUACUCCUGUAGGAUAUUCAAGGAUGGAAUGGAUGAAAUGUUCAUAGUGGAAGGCACGGACAGUGAAAGAGUUCGGUAAGAACUCAGGUACAACAAGGAGCAGAUGAAACCUGAGUCUCUACCGGAAUCAUAUCCCAUAAACAUUUCCCUUGCCAGGAAAUCCAAAAUGCCUUUCAAAGUACAGGAAGAGGUGCCCAAUGGCAGCUAUGGCUUCGUCAUCCCUGGCCACAGUCUGUGUGUCCUGGCUUUUGCUCUACAAAGGAACCUGGAAUUGGAAAUGGUGCGGACGACAUCCGUGGGCAAAGGGGUAAUCUGUUGCCAGAUGACACCACUUCAGAAGGCCCAGGUGGUAGAGCUGGUGAGGAAGUACAAGAAGGUGGUGACACUGGCCAUCGGGGAUGGGGCCAAUGACAUCGGCAUGAUCAAAGCUGCCCACAUUGGGGUUGGCAUCAGCGGCUAUGAAGGGAUGCAGGCCUUUUCCUUCUCCCGGUUCCACUACCUGCAGCAUCUACUCUUGGUACGUGGCCGAUGGUCCUACAGUUGCAUGUGCAAGUUUCUCAACUACUUCUUCUACAAGAACUUUGCCUUUACCCUGGUGCACUUCUGGUACGCCUUCUACAAUGGGUUCUCUGCACAGAAAGCUUAUGAUACCUGGUUUGUCACCUUCUAUAAUCUGAUCUACACUUCCCUCCCUGUACUGGGCUUGAGUCUAUUUGAUAAGGAUGUGAAUGAAACAUGGAGUCUACAUCUCCCAGAGUUGUAGGAGCCAGGCCAGCACAACCUGUAUUUCAACAAGAAGGAAUUUGUGAAGUGUUUAGUGCAUGGGAUCUACAGCUCCUUAGUGCUGUUCUUUGUCACCAUGGGGACAACUCUCAACUCAGAGCGCAGUGAUGGGAAGGACAUAUCUGACUACCAAUCCUUCUCCCUGAUAGUAGAGACUUCCUUGAUCUGGGUGGUGACAGUGCAGAUUGCCCUGAAGACAACCUGCUGGACAAUGAUAGACCACACCUCCACCUGAGGUAGUCUGGGUCUCUACUAUUGCAUCUUACUUUUACUGCAUAGUGAUGGCUUGUGUCUAAUGUUCCCCAGCACCUUCCAUUUCCUAGGUGUGGCCAAGAACAACCUUAUUCAGCCACAUAUGAUUCUGACCCUUAUCCUCACCACGGUCCUCUGUAUGAUUCCUGUGAUUGGGUAUAACGUUCUCAAACCACUGCUCUGGCCUCUCAGUGUGGACAAGGUUCUGAACAGGACUCAUUACUACAUGAAACAUCCACUGCCAUCUGUCCAGGCCAAAGUGAAAUUCCCAGGCCUUCGACGCUCAGCCUACGCAUUCUCCCACAAACAUGGCUUUGAGGCCCUCAUCACUUCUGGCAAGACACUGAAGUCCAAGACCUUCAAAUGA